AUGAUUUACCCCUCUCUCUCCGCUCCAUUUCAGCGUGACAGAAAGCAUCCACUAGUUUCCCCAGUACCAGGAGCGGUUCAAUACGCUCCCGAGGAGUUUCGACGCCCAAUAUCCGUUCCUCGAACUCGGGGCCAUGUCAGAUCACCGCGAACAGCCUCGCGCGAUCCUACAAAGUGGAUCCAUUACACCUUAGCAGAUGUGGACGAGGACGGAUUUGGAACCCACGAUCUAUCCGUCCCUAAUAGAGAUCCAAAUUGCAAUAUUGCUUUAUCUUUUCUGAGUGAGUUGCGUGAGCGACGAGAAGCUGAAUCAUGCGAAACGAACCACGAGGAAGAAGCGACUCCUGCCGGGUCGGAGGGUCAUCAUCGUAUCCUGUUUCGAUCUGUGCACGGUACAAAACGCGCACGUGUGCAUGACACAAAAGCCGAUCAGCCAAAAACCACUCAUUUGACGAUCGUCGUCAACAGUUUGGCUGAAAGCGAAGAAGACCAGAUGAUACGCACCGGUCGCGAAGAUUGCACCUCGAACGGGACAGCAACUACCUCCUUAUUCAUUCUCAGACGGCAGAGAACUGGAUUCCGUGGUCGACAGGUACCUUCGGCUGAAGGCGAUUUUCAUGGCGCAGGUGAUGAUAAUCAACCUUCAGCCACCCCAGAUGUAACCAUGGACGAUAAUGAAGUAAAUGAAAUGGAUGGUGGCGCUGACGGCGAGGAGGAGGAAGAGGAACUCGAAACCACAGAAAAUGAUUUCCUCGCCUGA